AUGGGGAACAACCAGCUAAGCGGUCACAUUCCGCCGGAGCUGGGGGAUCUAAGCGAACUGCGGGUUCUCGCCCUCUACGACAACAAGCUUACAGGCCAUAUCCCGCCGCAGCUAGGAAAUCUUGGCGCCCUCCACAACCUCUACCUCAACGAUAACAAGUUAGAUGGCGCGAUCCUGAAGGAGCUGGGAGAUCUCCGAGAGUUGGACACGCUGAGUCUCGGCAGCAACCAGCUCACAGGCCAUAUCCCGCCUCAGCUCGGACAGCUUGGCGCCCUCCAGUACCUCUACCUCUCCGGCAACAAGUUAGAUGGGCCUAUCCCGCCGGAGCUGGGCAAGCUAACAGCGCUGGUGCAGCUCCAACUGUGGAACAACCAGCUAUCCGGCCCCAUCCCGCCGGAGCUCGGAAAGUUUGAAGCACUGAAGGUGCUCUCCCUUCCGACCAACCAGCUAAGCGGUGAGUAG